AUGUCGGACGGCUGUGUCGGGGAUCUUGCCAUAACCCACUCCGAUGACAAUGUCCGAUCCUUCGCCCGCAGCUCUCACGGCCGGGAGGCACGCCGUGAUCCUGACAUCCUCCAUGCCCCAGUACAAGCUCAGCGGGUGGAUCAGAUUCUCACGGGGAUUGAUUACCCGUAUGUUCCCCUCGCGCAGAGCGAGGCCGCGCUCCCGGCCAUCCAGGCCCACGGCGACUUCAGCGAUACUGAGAUGGCGCGUAUCAACAAUCGCAGUGCACUCUCUCUGUUUCCGUGGGUGGCCGAGGUACUGGGUUAUUGA